UUGUUGUUAAUGCUCACGCAAAAUUCAAAUCUUGCGUGAAUUUUGGGACACCCUGUACAACAGCGUAGACAUGUGUACAGUAGCCACGUGUGCAGCCUUCCUAUGGAACUGUCAUGUGCUGUGAGCGAGAUGACCGCGAUCCUGCGAAGCCCUCCGGCUCUGCAGCUCACCCUGGCCCUCAUCAAGCCCGAUGCCGUCGCUCACCCGCUGAUUCUGGAGGCUGUCCAUCAGCAGAUUCUGCGCAACAGGCUCCUCAUUGUGCGGAGGAGAGAGCUCGUGUGGCGGAGGGACGACUGCCGGAGGUUUUACCGGGAGCACGAAGGACGCUUCUUCUACCAGCGGCUGGUGGAGUUCAUGGCCAGCGGGCCCAUCCGAGCCUACAUCCUCGCCCACCCGGACGCCGUCCAGCUCUGGAGGACGCUGAUGGGGCCCACCAGGGUGUUCCGCGCCCGCCACGUGGCCCCCGACUCCAUCCGAGGGAGUUUCGGCCUCACCGACACCCGCAACACCACCCAUGGCUCCGACCCCUUCUCUCUCUCUCUUCUCUCUCUCCCCCUCUC